UCUCUCCUUUCCAAUUCUGUUUCCGCAUUCUCUCUCUAUCUAUUCUCUCUCUCUAAUUGUGUUCUUCCUUCAACUCCAGGUGCAGAUCCUAGGAGUUGAGAAACCCUAGUUUUUCAUCCGAACCGCACAAGCUCCCCAACUUUCUCCCUCUAAACCAAUCAUCACCAAUCUCUCUCUCAUCAUUUGCAGUCAUGGCAGCUUUGGCACCAGAAGGAUCACAAUUUGAUGCUCGUCAAUUUGAUGCCAAAAUGAGUGAAUUACUCUCAGCUGAUGGACAAGAUUUCUUCACAUCAUAUGAUGAGGUUUAUGACAGUUUUGAUGCUAUGGGACUCCAAGAGAACCUCCUGAGGGGCAUCUAUGCUUACGGUUUUGAGAAGCCUUCUGCCAUCCAGCAAAGGGGAAUUGUUCCAUUCUGCAAAGGCCUUGAUGUUAUUCAGCAAGCUCAGUCUGGAACAGGGAAAACAGCAACCUUCUGCUCUGGAAUCUUGCAGCAACUUGAUUAUGGUGUAGUCCAAUGCCAGGCAUUGGUUUUGGCGCCCACUCGAGAACUUGCACAACAGAUUGAGAAAGUUAUGCGAGCACUUGGUGAUUAUCUUGGCGUGAAGGUUCAUGCUUGUGUAGGUGGGACCAGUGUUCGUGAGGAUCAACGAAUUCUUUCAAGCGGUGUUCAUGUUGUCGUUGGCACCCCUGGUCGUGUGUUCGACAUGUUGCGAAGACAGUCACUUAGGCCUGAUUACAUUAGGAUGUUUGUGUUGGAUGAGGCCGAUGAAAUGCUUUCACGAGGUUUCAAGGAUCAGAUCUAUGACAUUUUCCGGCUGCUGCCAUCUAAAGUUCAAGUCGGGGUUUUCUCUGCCACAAUGCCACCUGAAGCACUCGAAAUUACCAGGAAGUUUAUGAACAAGCCCGUGAGGAUCCUGGUGAAACGUGAUGAGCUGACCCUUGAGGGUAUUAAGCAGUUUCAUGUUAACGUUGAAAAGGAAGAGUGGAAGCUUGAAACACUCUGUGAUCUAUACGAGACCCUGGCUAUCACUCAGAGUGUCAUUUUUGUGAACACCAGGCGCAAGGUUGACUGGCUCACUGAUAAAAUGCGAAGCCGUGACCACACAGUCUCUGCCACCCAUGGAGACAUGGAUCAGAAUACUCGGGAUAUAAUUAUGCGCGAAUUUCGCUCUGGUUCCUCUCGUGUUCUCAUAACCACUGACCUCUUGGCCCGUGGUAUUGACGUGCAGCAAGUCUCCCUUGUCAUAAACUUUGAUCUGCCGACUCAGCCAGAAAAUUACCUCCACCGUAUAGGACGAAGUGGACGGUUUGGAAGAAAAGGUGUUGCUAUUAAUUUUGUAACUAAAGAAGAUGAGAGAAUGCUGUUUGACAUUCAGAAGUUCUAUAAUGUGGUAAUUGAAGAGCUGCCAUCCAAUGUUGCUGACCUCCUCUGAUGAGUUUUUACUAGGUUCCCUGAGGGUGGGUGGUGAGUGUCAAGUUGCCCAUCACACUCUGGUGGCGGCUUAUAUUAUUGCAAGUUUUGUUGCAGGUAGGUUUUGUAUUUUAUGUCCUUUUGUUUUUUUUCCCUUUCUUUUUUGGAUUUAAGUAUCUGACGGUUGUAGUUACUUGGUUUCUUUAUGUCAUAAGCUUAAUUUUCAACGAUAGAAAGAUGAUAUAUGGGAUGAUAUAUAUAUAUAUUUAUCUGUAUUAGUGACUAAACCUACCUCACUUUUCUGCCUCUUGCAAGUAUAUUUUGUUCAUUGGCUGCUUUA